UUUCUCUCUCCCUAUAAAACAAGUAAACAACCAAUCCUGAGAAAAUAAGGAGCGCAAAGUUCACUCGCAUAACUGAGGGCAGUGUGUUAAAGCUCUGAAUUUUGAACGCAGGAGGCGACUUCGAGCUCAAAGCUGUUUCUUUUUCUUUUUGGGUUAACAAUGGCGAUUUCUGGUGAUCUUAGGGUUUAUGCUACUGUUCCUCUCUAUCACUCUCGUUCACAACCACGAAUCUCUUCUUUCCCUUCCCCAAAGGUGGAUUUCAGUGGUUACUCAAAUGGAGCAUCUAGCAUCUCUGAAUUCACCCCAAAAUGUCCCAGCCUGACAAUUGUACGUCGCAGCAAUAUGCGUGGCUUCUGCAAGCCAGUUUCUGGAGUCCUUGAAGGUCCCAAGUUUUCGUCAAAAUCUGUUAGUCAAGAAGCUGAGAACUUCCUCCUUGAUGCUGUUAACAUGAGUUUCUUUGAGCGAUUAAAUUUAGCUUGGAAGAUAGUUUUCCCAUCAGCAGUGUCUAGAAAAAGUUCGAAUGCUAGAAUUGCCAAGCAACGCUUGAAGAUGAUCUUGUUCUCUGAUCGAUGUGAAGUAAGUGACGAGGCAAAGCGAAAAAUUGUUAACAACAUUGUGCGUGCUCUAUCAGAUUUUGUGGAGAUAGAGUCACAGGACAAAGUUCAGCUGAGUGUCUCUUCUGAUACAGAUAUUGGAACUAUUUACUCCGUCACUGUUCCUGUGCGGCGUGUUAAGCCAGAAUAUCAAGAUAUGGAUGAAGUUGGGACAAUAACAAAUAUUGAGUUUAAGGAAACCGGAGACAGUUCUGGUUCUUCUGUCGAUGUUAGAUUUGAUUUCUUUGUUCCGGAUGAAAGGUCUUGAGGGUUGAUUCCUUUGUCAGGAACUUAUGGCUUUGAAUCUCUAGCAGCGAAACAACUUCGAAGUUCUGUAUAUAUUUAUUUGUCUCUGAAGCGUUUGUUGAGAAAUUUUGUGCCUCUCUGUUACGGUUAGUCUAGCUUGAUUAUUUUAUUGUUGAGUUAAUGUUAUGUUUUAUGUACUUAACAUGGAUAAUAGGGUUUUCUUACUUGAGUGUAUGAAUCAUUGUCCUUUCAUUAA